GCAAGAUGGCCGUGCCCUGUUUUUCGGUGUGAGCUGGUGGCGGCGGCGGCUGGGACGGGGGAACCUGGUGCGGCGGUUCCCUGAGCGCUGGCUCCUCCCAGCGAGCGCGCCUCCCCCCGGUGCCGAGGCGCGAGCCGGCUCUGAGCGCGCCGGGAGAUGCGUUUGUCCCGGGCUCGGGGGCGCCCUGGGAGUUCAUGCUGCGCCGGAGGCGCCCGGCCACCGCUCUAAUCGCCCGCGGCCGCCGCCGCCGCAGCGCCCGCCCCGUCGCCGGCGGGGAGCCUCCCGGAUCUGCGGUCGCGCCCCGGCGGCGGCGAUGACCGGGGAGAAGAUCCGCUCGCUGCGGAGGGACCACAAGCCCAGCAAGGAGGAGGGCGACCUGCUGGAGCCCGGCGAUGAGGAAGCGGCGGCGGCCCUCGGCGGCACCUUCACGGGCGGCGGCGGCGGCGGCAAGGGCGGCCGGGGCUGCCCCAAGAUCUUCAGCAACCACCACCACCGGCUGCCGCUCAAGCCCGCGCCGCCCGCCGCGCCCGGCCCCGGCGCCCCGGCCCCGCCGCUGCACCCCGCCGCCCUGACCGCCACCUCCCCGGCCCCGGCGCUGCUGGCCGACGCCAGCCCCGUGGCCCUCGUCGCCGACGGAGGCAGCUUCUCGGCGCACUACCCGGUGCACGAGUGCGUCUUCAAGGGGGAUGUGAGGAGACUGUCCUCGCUCAUCCGCACGCACAAUAUCGGGCAGAAAGAUAAUCACGGAAACACUCCUUUGCAUCUUGCUGUCAUGUUAGGAAAUAAAGAAUGUGCCCACUUACUGUUGGCUCACAAUGCUCCAGUAAAGGUGAAAAAUGCUCAGGGAUGGAGCCCGCUGGCGGAAGCCAUCAGCUAUGGAGACAGACAGAUGAUUACAGCUCUCUUAAGGAAGCUCAAGCAGCAAUCCAGGGAAAGUGUCAAAGAAAAACGACCUCGUUUAUUAAAAGCUCUGAAAGAGCUAGGUGACUUCUAUCUAGAACUCCACUGGGAUUUUCAAAGCUGGGUGCCUUUACUUUCCCGAAUUCUGCCUUCUGAUGCAUGUAAAAUAUACAAACAAGGUAUCUAUAUCAGGCUGGACACUACUCUAAUAGACUUUACUGACAUGAAGUGCCAACGAGGGGAUCUCAGCUUCAUUUUCAAUGGGGACGCGGCACCCUCGGAAUCUUUUGUAGUAUUAGACAACGAACAGAAAGUUUAUCAGCGAAUACACCAUGAGGAAUCAGAGAUGGAAACAGAAGAAGAGGUUGACAUUUUAAUGAGUAGUGAUAUUUACUCCGCAUCUUUAUCAACCAAAUCAAUUUCUUUCACACGUGCCCAAACAGGAUGGCUUUUUCGGGAAGAUAAAACCGAAAGAGUAGGAAACUUUCUGGCAGACUUUUAUCUGGUGAAUGGACUUGUUUUAGAAUCAAGAAAAAGAAGAGAACAUCUCACAGAAGAAGAUAUUCUUCGAAAUAAGGCCAUUAUGGAGAGUUUGAGUAAAGGUGGAAACAUUAUGGAACAGAACUUUGAGCCGGUUCGGAGACAGUCCCUCACCCCUCCUCCUCAGAACACGAUCACGUGGGAAGAAUAUAUAUCUGCUGAAAAUGGAAAAGCUCCUCAUCUGGGUCGAGAACUGGUGUGCAAAGAGAGUAAGAAAACAUUCAAAGCCACGAUAGCCAUGAGCCAGGAGUUUCCCUUGGGCAUUGAGUCGUUACUGAAUGUUUUGGAAGUAAUCGCGCCUUUCAAGCACUUUAACAAGCUUCGAGAAUUUGUCCAGAUGAAACUUCCUCCUGGCUUCCCUGUAAAACUAGAUACACCGGUGUUCCCGACGAUCACAGCCACUGUGACUUUCCAGGAGUUCCGCUAUGACGAGUUCGAUGGCUCCAUCUUCACUAUCCCCAAAGACUACAAGGAAGACCCGAGCCGUUUUCCUGAUCUCUAACUGGCACGGGGCGCGCCGCUGUCUGCAGAGGAAAGGAGAAUUCAGAGACCCCAUAUGUGCAUCCACGCACAGGAAGGAAGGAGAGCUUUCAGCCAAGAAAAGGGAAUUUCCACCCAGGAUUGACACAUCAGGAAUCGGAUAUAAGGAAAUGGGCCUCUGACUAAGCAUUUCAGCAGGUUUCCCGGUGGGCCAAUUUUUCAGGCUUUUUAAAAAGUAAACUAUUAUAAAUGGAAUCGUUUGACACCUUAAUGACCCUCAGUCCUUCUUAUGUAAAACAGCUCUGAGUGCUGAUUUGUUUUUAAAAAUUUUUACACUUCUUGAAAUAUAUAUGCAUAUAAAUAUAUCUAUAUAUCUAUAUCUAAAACACUCCUGGACCAUUAACAUAAAUUAAAUGUCUUAAGAGAUACGACCCUUUAAAAGUUGUCAUCUUAUAUUCAAGGUGGCAUUUAUAAAUAUUCCUUCUUUUGUUUUCAAAAAAUGUAAACUAUGUAACAUUAUGUAUAGUUCCGUCAUUUGAAUGUUUGUUCAAUAUAAUGAACUAGAAGGAAUGCAGUUUUCUGUAGAGGAUUGAACCAAAUGGUAACCAUUAAAACAGUUGCAUUUAAAUGUUGCAAUACAUUUCCAAGGAGCGUUCUCUCGGCAGGGAAUAAGGGACCUCCUUUAGCACCUGAGUGCAAUUCAUUGUGGUGCUAUUUGUUUUUACCUGAAUUCUUUCUUCAAUGGAAAAUGUUUGUUACUAAUCUUCCUUUCAUAGAAUCUCUAUUUUUUUUUUUUUCUAAACUUGAGUUUGAAAGUCUUUUUCCGGAGUGUUCCCGGUACGGGGUAGGUUUAGCAUGCUUCUCCAUACUGCUCUGUCCAACCUCAGCACUUUAGAAAAGCUCCAAAUUUUUAAACUUGCUUCCUCAUAUAAGUGUAUACAUCAUUCUCAUUAUUUUGUUUUUUUUUUUUUAGUGGAAAUGGGUGCAUUGGUGUCAGUUUUUAAAACCACACGUUUUGGAUGUCCCUACAUGAAUAAUGCUUUCAGAUAUAUAUAUAUGGUUGAAACAUUUUGUACAUGAACAGAAUAUAUUUGUUAUGAGUUAAAAUCCCAGAAGCAUACAUAAGACUGAUAGUUCCUACUGGGUUUUAUUUUUAAGUCACGCAAUAGUUCCUGAUUUUCUCUCCAAAGUGUUAAAAUCAUGCAUUAACUAAUUUUGCACUUGAAAACUUUCAUAUUUAUUCCCAAGUGGUUUGAAGGUCCAAUAGUGGAAAUAAAUUAGGGAGAACACUGUAUAAGCAUCAUAAAUUUUAUGUUGUAUUAAGGAGCUUAGUGAAAGAAAUGUUUUUAUACUGUAUCCUGAUAAAUGUAUCAGAAUGACUCAAUUGAGUUUUUUAGACCAGUGGUUUUCAACCUUUUUGCACCUGCGGACAGGUGAAAAUGGGAGAAAUAUUUUGUGGACCUCUAAGGCAGAAAUAAAAACCAUUAUUUAUGAUAAGAAUAUUUAUAGAGCACUAUUUAUAGAUCACUAUUUAUAAUAGUUCUGCAUGAUUCAGGUGAAGUGGCAAUGGCUGCCUUGUGGAACUGCAGGAAAUCUUCUGUGGACCGGCCCCCCCAUCUGCAGACUGGCGGUUGAAAACCACUGUUUCAGGGUGACCAGUAGUUUAAAUGUUUUCCUGGAUUUUAAAUAAUUUGAAUUAAUGUAGAGACCUUUAUUGAAAAGAUGAUUUAUUUAAAAAUCCAAAGCAUCAACCAUAAGAAAAACUUUUAUAAUAAACCUCUUUAAAACUGCACCUUCCAUGCCGAUAACAUGCCACAGUGCAUAUGCUUACCUUUCGUUGAAUACUUUGCAAGUGGAAAAAUAAUGCAUCGUUAAAAAUUCAGAGAGACGGGUGAUCACCUUGUGUGGGUCUCUUGAAUUUUGUGGAAAGAGGUGGUUAAACCCAGACUAGGUUUCUCGGGUAGAGAAAUCCCACUAGUCAGGGAAUAAUCCUAGUUCAAGUGGCCGAGGGAUUGAAUUGUCCUGUGGAUGAUUGUGCAAGGUUUGUGACACUGGAAGGUGGGGAACACCCCUUUGCUGAAUAGGCUCCUUCUUCUCGGGACUACCGUCCACUUCAGGAAUAGAAACUUAGUGGGGGGAAUGUAAGGCCAGUUGCUGCUUAGGUUUUAGCGGCAUUCUCAGAGCGAGGGUUAUCGUGGCUGGGGUACACUGGAAUUAACGGAACUACUGAAAUGUUUGCACUGGAUUUUCUUUAAAUGUUGUCUUUCCUAAAGAAGAGCAGAGAAAGAGAUGGUCCAUUCCCAAAUGUCUCUGAUCACAGAGGACCAGCAAAUGCUGUCUAAGCAGGGUGAAAACAGGAGCUAAUUAAUGCAAAUAAACUUUUCAAAAUGUGCCUUUUAAUUGGUUAGCGGAGGUUUAGAUGCCGUUUCAGUUAAGUAGAUUAAAACCCCUAUUUUUUGAUCAUCUCACAUCAAAAUCUUUUUCAUGAAAGCCCAUAAAGUUCUGUUAGUGAUUUUUAAACUUGGCAGGGGUGAGGGGGCUAAUUUGGUUGCUCUUUAGAAACAUUCAAUAUUUCUGCCACCAGCAUGCUAUCUCAAGAAGAUAUGGGCUCAGAGAAAGUGCUCUCAGUAACAGACCGAUUGUCUAGACAGUUAUCUACCUUGAGCGUAGGGAGGAAGCCCAAAGCAAGGUGGGUGAUGGUGAGUUUGAAUACAUGGGACGGUCUGGAAAUACUCAGAGAGAAGCUGAGUUUCCUUCUUCUGCUUUGCUGUUGAGCAUCCACCACUCAAUGAUCAAAAAUGGUUGUUCCUAGUUAAUCGCGCCGUGUAAUCUUCAUUCCUUGGGAAACAGUGAGUUCUGAUUUCUUGGUGAACCAUCUUUUUAGUUUGGGGUCAUGAAGCUGGAAUCAAUAUUAUCACCAGGUAAUAAAUGAAGGGUACUUUUUUUUAAUUUGCUUUGUUCCUAUUUUAUUUGCAAACUACCUGAUAAAGGAAAGUUGUCCGAGAAAUUAGGUGAAUCUGAUGUCCUACUUUUGUGUUGUGAUUACCUAGCCUGGUAACCUUGAAGAUGCUGAAUUAUGGCAACAGAGACCCAAUGUGCCUCUGCCUGAUUCAAUAAAAGGAUAUUUUAACCAUUACAGAAAAGGAAAAAAAAGUCAACACCAAUGUCUCCGUACCAAAGUUGCUGCUACAUUUAGAAACUGUGGAAACGCAGACACCUGGCAGUGCAUCUGCGAAGAGAUGAAGGGUUAGAACGGUUAAGCCACUUGAAAGACGGCAGAACUUCAGGAGUUUCUACUACGAACUAGUCAAACUUGCAGCGUCUGAAUUAGCUAGCAAAAACUUCUGUGAAGAAAUCUGAAACUCUUGACAGGUUUUACUUUAUUCAGAUACCCUGUGACAUCCUUAGAGUGGUACCUAGUCCAGUGGUGAAGUGUUUGGAGUCGCUGUAGCUCAUGUAAAACAGUACUUUCAGCGUAACGGUACGACGGGACAUAGGAAGCCGCAUUUCUGCUACCACACCUAGGGCACUCAAGUCAAAAGCUCCUGAGGGGCUUGUCAGUCAGUUCUGCGUGUCAAGCUUCACAGGUGCAAAGGACUAGCUUCAUACUGUUUCCUUCUGUCUCCUGAGGCAGUGGCUGGCUGAAGCUGUCUGGACUCGGGUGGUUGGAAGGGUUUGCUCUCGGGAGAGGGGCAGCAGUUUCAUAGUUUCUGUCCGUCCUGCCUGGGCCUUCGGUUCUCCCAUCCGCACCUCCCCCCUAACGCCUGUGUGUCCCACCCCGGCCCGCAGUUCUGCUACCUGCGACCAGAGCCCUUGAGGGCUCCAGCAAAGACAAAGGAAGUUGACACUAACCAACUCCCAACAACUGAGGUUAAAUCCCUGUUAACUCUCAUUGCUCAGUUGCUGACAUUUUGACUCCUGUCAUCGCGAUGCCUGGGGGUCUCACACACGUGGUUGUGGUGCUCGACAGGGGUCGCACACUUGGUUGUGGUGCUUGCACGCGUGCUCGCUGGGGGUCACACUUAGUUGUGAAAGCCAAUAAGAAAAACCUGCUUGUCUUUGAAAACUUGAUAUUUAAGUAAACAAAUUUUAACUUUGUUAACUUGUCUGUCAUGACUGAAAGGCAGUUUUAUAUUUAAUGUGUACUGAAAAACCUACAUCUUGAGGUAAUUGAACAGUAACAUUAAACAUUAUUUGGAAAACCC